GUCACAGUCCCGCCUGGUGCUGCCACAGAAGCGAUGGUACGCCUGGAGGAAGCCGUGCAAGCUGAAAAAGAGGCUGCUUUCCACGAAUUCCAGGAGCAACUCUAUAGUCGGGAAUUUCGAGAUGCCAGUGGGAAGGGAAGCACCGAGCCCAACCCGACCACCGACCAGCCACAUGGUGACCACGCGGCUACCGAGAUGGAAGGCAGUGGACCUGGCAGGGCUCCGAAGGAGCUUGUGGAUAUGCCCUUGAAGCAUCACAUUUGCUUGGCAGAUUGCUUGAGCGGAACGUGUUGGAAGUAUACAAGUUCUUGAAACCGCGGAAGUUGAAAAUCUUGGUGCGAGUACACACCCGAACCAUAGUAGGUAGAUGAACAUCCGCCCGUAGGCUAUUUUUAUCUAUUCUGUUUUCUUUGGCUGCUCACUGCACCUGAGUGCUGGACGUUGCCCUAUCAGCAAGUAUAUGUGUAAAAAUUGAGUUACACAUUUUUGAACUGCAACUAAUGAAUCGUGCAGCUUUGGGUUUUCGACUUCGUGUGGCGGGCUGCAUUCUGCACUUUGCACGCGCCAAUUCUUCUCCAGUUUGGCUGACAAAGAUCAGCACCCACCUCUGAGAGGUUGGUAUGAGAAGUCUAAGAGAGACAUUUCAGCAGAUGUGCAG